AAAACUAAAAGCAUAAUAAAAACAGUCAGUUGUGAACUGUGGUAUAGAGUAGACAUGUGUGAGGUGAAAGAUAAAAUAUGCUUGGUUACUGGCGCAGCUUCUGGCAUAGGGGCCGGGAUCGCCCGCGCUUUUGUUGAAAAAGGGGCAAAGCACGUAGCGAUUUUAGACAUAAACGUGGAAUUAGGAGAAGAAUUAGAAAAAGAACUGAAUGCAAAAUAUGGACCUAAUAAGGCGAAAUUUUUCAAAUGUGACGUCACAACAGAUGAAUUGGAUGCAGCGUUUGAUGAAACUGUGAAAACGUUUGGAUACCUUGAUGUUAUUGUUAACAAUGCUGGUGUCAUGAAUGACUCUCCCGCCGUUUAUUUGAAAGCAAUUAAUAUUAAUGUGACAGCACUAAUCAGGGGCUCUUUAAAAGCCUACCAUUUGAUGCGUAAAGAUAAUAAUGGUAGAGGCGGUACCAUUGUGAAUAUUUCUUCUAUAGUGGGCCUGAUGCAGUCAUUUUUGUUACCAGUGUACAGUGCUACGAAAAGUGCAGUAUUACAGUUCAGUAAUUGCCUUGGGGCUGAACAGAACUACAAUAGGACUGGAGUCCGAGUAGUCACUGUGUGUUUUGGCACUACUGAAACUAAUCUAAUAGCCGGAACUAUUGGAGCUAUCGACGAAACCCUGCAGGCAUACAUACCUCCUGCUUUAGAAAAAAUGCCUACCCAAGGUGUUGAUAACGCAGUCAGAGGUCUUGUAACAGCAUUCGAGGAGGGAAAAAGUGGGAGUACCUGGCUUGUUACCUCUGAGAGGCCAGCUGAAAACAUCUCUGAAAACGUCAAAAAGAGCUACGAACAUUUGUCAAAGGGUGUACUUAGUUAAGACAAACAAUGAAAAUAAGUACAAAUUGUAUUGCAGAUAUUUAUUUACAUUAUUUACUAAUGCGGUGUUAUGUUUUUUGAAUAAAAUAUUUUUAAUAUA